AUGCAGCCCUCGGCAGUUCCCCUGUCCAAUAAUCCGCCUACCAGCGCGUCUUUUAGUGGCAUACUGUCUACUCCGUAUUCUCUUUUCGAUAUCAGACUUGAUCGAGACUUUGUUGUCUUUUGGGGCAACCAAUAUGAGUCGCCUGAUCAAAUACUCAAGGGCGUUGUAGUCCUGUGCUUGCGCUCACCUCUCAAGCUAGAGGAUAUCAGACUCCGAUUAGAUGGUACAGUUCGCCAUGCAUGGCUAACGGAUCCCGGUGUGGCCCACACUACCAACAUCCUUAAGCACAAAUGGCCCGCGUUGAUAGGAAGUAGCGGAAAGAGUCUCACGCUGCCAGCCGGAAACUACGAGUGGCCCUUCGAGCUUAUAAUGGCCGGUGAUACCCCGGAGAGCCUUGAGGGGAUCCGAGAUGCUUCUAUCACCCAUGAGCUUAGGGCGAUCAUCGGUCGAGGAAAAUUAGCUCGGCACAUCUCCUGCAGCAAGCGCCUUCGAGUGAUCCGUACAUUUUCACCGACUGCACUUGAAUUCAUGCACUCUGAGUUUAUUGAACAAACCUGGGUCAACAAAGUGGACUAUUCGGUGUCAAUACCAACAAAAGCUGCCGUAUUCGGAGGUUCUGUUGUUUUAGAAAUGCGCUUUACACCUUUAGUCAAAGGCAUCGAGCUGGAAAACAUCGUCGUGACGCUGGUGGAGUUUCAGGAGUUCAGCAUGCACAGCAGGCAUUACAUCUAUACACGAGAACACAAAGGUCAACGCAAAAUUUCUCAUUGGGACUUCGAUAUUUCGCGAGACCAAGACUGGCAAGACAACAUUGAAGAAACGAAUCAGGAGGGUUGGGUGAUUAAAAAGACGCUUCAGCUGCCGAAGAAGCUUAGUGAGUGUAUUCAGGACAUAGAUGCUCAGGGUAUCAAGGUUUCCCACAAGCUAAAGGUCCAUAUCCCUAUUCGAAAUCAGGAUGGGCAUGUUUCACAUCUUGACAUGGGAAUUCCUUUGUGCAUCUUUAUAUCACCAUUUAUAACCCUCGAUGAACAAGGAAACCUGGUCGGUCAAUCCCCAGACACACAAUAUCAAGGAAAUGAGUCAAGCGGUCCGCCUGUGUACGGCGAGCAUACCCUUGAUCAACUUUACGACAGCGUCGAAAACUGGCAGAUACCCAGUAACAGCUCCCAGCCGCUUCGAUCAGAGGGAGACAACCCUGAAGUGGCCACGCGGCAGAAUGCAAACUCGAAUCAUUAUGAUUCGCGCAGUUCAUCUGAAAGUAUCUCUACAGACCCCGAAGAGCUGGUCGAACUCAGCAAAGUACCUACGUAUCGUACAGCACUUCGGACCCCGUUGCAAUCGCACGGUCAACAAGGCGGGGCUCUGCCUCCUGAAUACCAAACUGCAGAACCGAAUGGAGGUUGA